AUGUCUGAUACAGGAGGAACCAACUAUGAAGACUUCAUGAUGUCUGAUGAUGGAGAAAUGGGUUAUGCAGAGAUGGAGGCGGAUAGCGACGAGGAGUUGGGGGUCUACGAGGAAGAAGCCAGUGACGAGAACAUGUACGAAUCAAGCAGCGCAGUUCAACAGCCCACAGAGAAAUGUCGCAGUGAGGAAUUAUAUUAUUUAGGCAAAGUAUUAAAGGAUAACAACGAUUUUACCAAAGCUAUUGAAAGGUUCGAGCAGGUGGUUAACAUGGGAGAGAUGCUGUGGGGGUUUAAAGCGUUGAAACAGACAGUCAAGUGCUGGCACUUUAUGGGGGUAUACAUGUCGCGGUCUACAUCGGUCGAGAUACUUCAGGACUUCAAGAAAAUGGUAGAGUAUGGAUUUCGUUGGAUGAGGGAGCUGGGCGUACCAUAUGUUCAAAAAUCCAUGUUAGCGAUAAUAAAACUGACUGUACCAAUUAACAACAGGGACUUCGUUUUCGAUGAGACUCUUACGAUUCAACUGAAGACCGUAGAGUUCCAUCUGGAUAUCCUAGAUGUAUUGCACGACGUGCUACAAGGUGUGCCAGCGAAAUUUUUGGAUUUAUCAACGAUGGUGAAACAACUGCGGUUGGAAAAUCACAUCUGGAAGGAGAGACUGACGACUAAUUCAAUAUCAAGCGAGAGCUACAAACUGUUUAACGACAUGCCUACCACCUCUGAUAUGCUGCUAUUUCAGUUACAGUGCUACAUAUUCCAGUUUCUUAAGACUGGCGAUGUACCGGUAGAGGAAUUUCAAGAGUUGGUCCGACAAAUCAAGCACAGACUGAACAGUUCGCUAGCACUAUCUCAGCAACCGCGAGUGAUGACCAUUGUUAAUUUCUCUCAGUGCAUUAAAAAUAUGCACCUUGAACGGUACAAGCUCCUUCGCCAACAAUUCUGGGAUUGCUUCCAGAACUUGGAGGAAUUAGGUAAUAAAAACCACGUUUUCAGUGACCUAACAUUAUGCGGUUUCAUUCUCGUUGACAUCAUCUUAUGGAAACCUUCCAAUGCUGCGAAUGGCGUCGAAAAUAAUGUCGACCCCUUCGAAUUGGAGCAAAUUAAGGUUAUUGCUAAUACUCCAAUUGUACAUAACCUCCAAACAUUGUACCAAAACUUCAAGAGCCUGACCUUACCUGCGCUGGCGCGGUCGCUGUCAAGCUUGGAUCGAUUUAGUAUGACCCUCGAGUCUUUAUUCAGCAAAGUUUGUCAGCUUGCUCGAGAAAGAAAACUCUGGGACGAAAUAGCUCCCUUAUACACGUGCAUCUCUCUACAAGACAUCCAGGAGCAUCUAAAAAUAGGUCAUCAAGAUGUCACCAGGGACCAGUUACUUACGAUACUGGUGCAAUGUAUAAUGAAUGAUACUGCGAAGGUCUUCUUUAAAAUAGACUUCACCAAGGAUUACGUGUACUUCGGCGAUGAGCAUAAAGCUCCCCUGAAGUCCACACACAGAGAAUGUCUGUUAACUCAGGGACUAAAUUCCUUUGGACCAUGUUACAAAAAUUCCGUAAAGGAACUUCUCAAAAUGACUCAAAAAAGGCCGGCGAACAUUUCUAUAUUUGGCUUUCAACAACCCUGGCGCGACAAAAACCCUUCGAGGAGCCGGUUCCAUGAUGAACCUCUCUCCGAACUCGCAGAGUGGAUGGAUGACAUAGGAAUAUUCGUCGAGAGACCGGCAAGAUUAAAAAACCACAAUUCCGCCGUCUUCAUAGAUGAAUUAAGCGAAAAAAGAAAUAAUUCCAGAGUCGGUUUUCGUCCGUCUGAUAAUAAGUCCGCCUAUCCGCUGGUUUCCUAUCAAGAAAUGGUCUCUUUUGUACUAGAAACUAUCACCGACUAG